CUACAUCAUUGCCUCUACCUUUUUCCAACCACAUCACAGUUACACAGAUUAAUCCUGCACCAUCAUUCUGCAGUGAUAUUCAGACCCUUUCUGGGCAGAGGGUUUCAAUUGGCAUUCUACGAGUCCCCCGAAAAUUACAAGUCUUUUGCGGACCAGCCCUGUUGUCAAGACUGACAACUUUCCACCAUCAUGGUGCAGACAUCUACCAUCGUCACGAUAUCUGUCGGGACCGUUUUGACCGGCGUAAUUGCAUACGCGGCCUACUUUGAUUACAAGCGGAGAAACGAUGUUAACUUCCGGAAAGCCCUAAAGAGAGAGUCGAAACGACAGGCCAGAGUUGCUAGGGAAGAAGCCGAGAUUCAAGGCAAACAGCAAAGGGAAGAAAUAAAGAAUGCUGUGCAGGAAGCUAUCGAGGAAGGCUUUCCCACUGAUAUUGAGGAGAGGGAAGCUUUCUUCAUGCAACAAAUAGCACAGGGCGAGACACUCGCAGGUGAUGGCUCCGACCCCGUUGCCGCGGCUCUUUGCUUUUACAAAGGACUCAAGGUCUACCCUGAACCAUCCUCAUUGAUUGGAAUCUAUGACAACACCGUGCCAAAGGAGAUUCUGGAGAUUCUCGCCCAGAUGGUGGCCCAGGAUAAGAGCUUGAAGGUUGGAUCGUUUGGUGCUGGACGUGAAGGAUCGCCAUCAGACGGACCUGGCGUCGAGUAGGGGCCGAUCGACUUACAGUCACUACGAAUGGCCGACCAGCAUCAAGACCGACUCCUCUAUGGCUGAUGAUGACCGAGAACCAAGUGUAUCAACAGAUGGUCGGAGGAGUGAAUUGUACAUGGGGAAUCGGCAGGUAAUCGACGAGGGUAGGAUAUGUCCACAGGGCAGAAAACGUCCACAUCCUCAUGAAUCUCGCCUCUUGUGUACGACUGUUGUAUAUCAGCGCUGCGUGGAGGCGCAUUUGAUUGAUCAUCCUGAGAGUAUGCAUGGUCUAUGGACGCCUUGAAAAUACUCAUUCAAAGGGUGGCGCCAUACGCCCUUCUUGAGAUCGACAUGGCCCCUUUACAUUCAAAAAUGACCACAGUUUUUCUUGUAGAUGGUGAGAGUAUCUUUGAUCAUGGUUGAUCGUUGGUUGUCAUGAACUACAUUUUCCACUCC